GCACCCUCAAGUCUCUUCCACCUGCAUGGAUGGCCGUUGGUCUGAUCCUUUAAUACCGAUAUGCCUACAGAAUUUGCUUCAACGUGAUACCGCCACGUUCGAGAAUAUGUCACGAAAAUAUGAACGGAAGUCACUACGAGCGUCAUGGGCAGCUGAAGAUUUGGAAGAGGCGAUGCAGCAAGUCCGGGGAAAAAUUAUGGGCAUUAAUGAGGCUUCCAGACGUUUUGGAAUACCAUCCAGAACAUUGAGAAGACACCUUAUAACGGGAAAAUCAAAGGUCCCCCUUGGCCGCAACCCUGUAUUUUCAGUUGAAUAUGAAAGAAAACUUGUAGCACAUAUACAAAAAUUGGAAAAAGUUGGUUUUGCACCAGACAGAAAUGAUGUGAGGGAAAUGGCUUUCCAGUUAGCAAAAAAACUUGACAUCAAACAUACAUUUUCUGAAAGGUCGGGAUCAGCUGGUAGGGUGUGGUUUACUGGAUUUAUGAAAAGAAAUCCAGAACUAACUCAAAGAAAAUCAGAAGGCUUAUCACUUGCACGAGCAUAUGGAGUAAACAGAAAAGACAUUCAAUAUUUUUAUGACCUUUUGGCCAAAAUUUACGAAGAAAAUGACUUUGCAUCUCAUCCUGAAGAUAUAAUAUAUAACAUGGAUGAGACAGGGAUUCAGGUUAAUAACAAGCCAGGAAAAGUAGUGGCAACAAAAGGGGUCAAAGAUGUAUAUACUCUCACAAGUUGUGAAAAAGGUGAAAAUGUGACAGUUAUAGCAUGUUGCAAUGUUGGAGGUAAUUUCAUGCCUCCUACAUUAAUAUAUAAGGGAACUUACACUAAGCCCCAGUUUUCUGAAGGGCUUCCGCCAGGAUCCCGGGGCCUUAUGAAUAAAAAAUCAUGCUAUAUUAACUCGGACUUGUUCAUGCAGUGGUUUGAAGAAGUAUUUUUACGCGACAAAGGUCCUCGAACGACUUUAUUAAUAUUAGAUGGUCACAGUUCGCAUAGUAACAAUAUUCGGGUACUAGAAGUAGCCAAAGAAAAUAAUGUGAUACUGUUAUGCCUACCAAGCCACACAACGCAUGUACUUCAGCCUCUUGACAAGGCCUUUUUUAGGCCACUCAAAAUGUUUUUUGCACAAGAAGCUAAAUCUUGGAUGGUACAAAAUAGAGAAAAGAAGUUGACGCGCUAUGAUGUCUCAAAACUGAUUGGCAAGGCUUGGGGUAAGGCCGCCACUGUAUCCAAUGGUGUUUCAGCGUUGAAGUGCUGCGGUAUCUAUCCAUUUGAUCCCCAUGCUGUUGCAGACUAUCAUUUCUCAUUAUCAGAUUCGCUACAAGAGCAAAAUUUAGUUGACAUUGACGAAGUCAACAAUCAAAGUACAAGAAGUACUGAUGAGAGUCUUACAGGAAAUACUGCACCAGCAACUGAGAUUCUGUCACAGCCAGGAACGUCAGGUCUCCACAGCACUCCAGUCUCCCUACAUGAUGAUGAAUCUGUGAAUACGCCGCAAAAGCACCCACAAAAUGAUGCAUCCCAACAAGUAGGCAUUUGUGAUAAAACGCCUGAAGAAGCCAUUCCAUCUUCUGAUGUAAAAGACAAAGAAACGCCUUCCAAAGUUCUAAGUGAAAUACAUCCAGUGCCCAAACUACCAAAAAAUCUGUCCAAAAGGAAACAAACAGCAAUCAUUCUCACUUCGCCGGAAAAUAUUGAGAAAAGAACAUUACUGGCAAAUAAAAGAAAGAUUAAAGCUGAAGCUGAGAGUAAUAAACUCAAGAAGGCUAAAACAAAAGUGACUAAUACGAAGAAAAGGGAUGACCUUAGUAGAGUAAAAGGUAAAAAGGUGUUAAAGAAGAAGCCAAAGAAGAAUGCGUCUUCAGAUAGCAAUGAUGAAAAUAUGGAGACGUUUGAGGAGUCGGAAGAAGAGCUAUCUGAUGAGGAUCCAAACAGAUGUGCCGAAUGUACUGAAAACUAUUACCAAACACAAUCUACAGAGGAUUGGAUCCAAUGUCCCACUUGUUCAGCAUGGCUGCAUGAAUUUUGUACAAUUGUAUACGCUAUCGGCACUUCAACAUAUUCAGGAAAAACAACUAAAUAA